AUGCCUCAGUCGUCAAGACCUGCAACAAGAUCACAGCAGAACUGGCGAGCGCUCAUUAGUAAUCGCGAUUUCGAGACUCCGGCAGCGUACAGCAAGGCUUUAGGGGAGCUCCAGGCGGCGGAAAAGGCUAUCGCGUUUGAUGCUGAGAUCACGGCGGCCUCGUCAAAUAUUGAAAAGCAGGCUGCUGCUCUUGUCCGGAAAAUCAAAGCGUAUGAUUGGGAGCAUACGUAUGGGCCACUGCGCGAAGCGCAUACCGGAAAAAGAACGGAGGGGGAGCACUUCCUGGGCAAUGUGGACCUUAUCAACAAGACCGAGCUGAUGAAGGUUGCGAAACGGAUGCCAAAGGGCGCACAUCUUCAUAUCCAUUUCAACGCUUGCCUUCCAGCCCGAUUCUUGAUACAACAAGCACGGGACAUUGAUGCCAUGUACAUCCGGAGCACUCUUCCGCUGACCACGGACCAAAACAUGGAGGCGUGCCGGAUCUCAUUUAUGGUGAUGACUCUGGACGAGGCUACUCAUGCGAAAGAUCCCGAUGGGAUCGAAACGUAUGUACCAUUGGGCGAUGUCUGGGACGAGAAUUACGUUCCCAACAGGUGGAUGCCAUACAAGAAGUUUCAACGCCAGUUCGAAUACACGGAUGAGAGAGGACACAUUCUGAGGAAAACGCACGGAGCUGAGACUUGGCUCGAGAGAAAGAUGAUCAUUUCGGAGGAAGAGGCCCAUAAUGCUCACCAGUCUAGUAAAGGAAUUUGGGAGAAAUUCAAUCACCGGACUCAGAUGAUGAAAGGUCUGUUUGCUUACGAAUCAGCGUUUCGGAAUUAUACCCAAGCAGUUAUCAAGGACUUCGUGAAAGACAACAUUCAGUACGCUGAGAUCCGUCCGAACUUUAUGAGCACCAAUUCGCUGAAAACGGACGAUGGCAAAGGAUCCAUCGGAAACGAAGGUAUCAUGAAAAUCAUAGAUGAGGAACUUCGAAAAACUAUGGAUCAGAUUACCAAGAAAGGCGACUACUUUGGAGGCAUGAAAGUCAUCUACUGUACACCGCGCUCAUUUCGGAACCAACAAAUAGAGGUUGCGCUAGACGAGUGCAUAGACUUGAAGAAGAAGUACACGGAUCUCAUCUGUGGUUUCGAUCUUGUUGGCCACGAAGAGAUGGGCAACGAGCUCCGUCACUUUAUUCCUGAAUUUCUUGAGUUCCGCAAGAAGUGCAAAGCACAGAAUUUAGAUAUCCCAUUUCUAUUUCACUGCGGCGAAACCCUUGAAGUUGGCGACAAGUGCGAUGGUAAUCUCUUCGAUGCUGUGCUACUCAACUCUAAACGGAUUGGCCACGGCUACGCGAUCGCGAGGCAUCCGAUGUUGAUGGAUAUAUUCAAGGAGAAAAACAUUGCAAUCGAGACUUGCCCAAUCUCGAAUGAGAUCCUGGGGCUUACUUCCACCAUUGCUGGGCACCACUUACCUAUUCUACUGGCAAAUGACGUACCUUGCACCAUCAACAGCGACAAUGCUACAUUUUACAAAUCGUCUCUAUCUCAUGAUUUCUAUCAGAGUAUGAUUGGCUCAGAAGCAAUGACUUUACAAGGCUGGAAGCAGCUCGCCAAAUGGAGUCUCGAGCACAGCUGCAUGAAUCCAGAAGAAUUGGCGGCAGUGACAGCCGAGUGGACAAGGAGGUGGAAAGAGUUUUGCCAGUGGAUUGUCGACGAGUAUGGUCCUAAAUUUCAGGACUAUGAAUUACCGACAGGCCCUCGGCAUUGA